AAAAAAUUAAUCAACUUCGUGACACUGUUGUAAACUUUGUUUUCUGCAAGUUGAAUGCUUGUUUUUCCUUUUUAUGUUUCGUUUACCCAAAAAUUCAAAACAUCAAAUUUGAAUUUGGGUUUUGUUAUAUUAAACAAAAGUUUAAAACAUUACAAUGGAAACAACACCUUUAUUAAUGAGGCCUAAAAGAAAAUCUCUUCUGUCUUGGCUACUGUUAUCAAGAUUUAAAAAGAAGGAACUAAGUUCUCGAGCCAUUAACUUGGGGCACUUACCUGAUGAGGAGUUUCCUCCCAAUUAUGUUUGCAAUCAGAAAUACAACCUCCUAACAUUCCUACCCCUAGUUUUAUAUGAACAGUUCAGAUUCUUUCUCAAUAUGUAUUUUCUUGUGAUGGCGGUUAGUCAGUUCAUUCCAAGCAUUCGCAUUGGAUACCUGUACACCUACUGGGGACCACUAUGUUUUGUUUUAGCUGUAACAUUGUUCAGGGAAGCAGUAGAUGAUUAUAGAAGAUAUAGGAGAGAUAAAGAAGUGAAUAGACAGAAAUAUGAAAGAAUAGUACUAGAUACUCCAAUAGAAGACUACCGUCCAUUUCAAAUGGAAUAUGUCGCAGCAUCAGAACUGCGUGUUGGAGACAUUGUAAUGCUACAUAAAGGGCAAAGAGUACCUGCUGACAUGAUACUUCUUAGAACUAACGAGACCAUGGGUACAGUAUUCAUAAGGACCGACCAGUUGGAUGGAGAGAUUGAUUGGAAAUUACGGAUACCUCUUUCAUCGACGCAAAAGCUGCCGACCGACGCCCAUCUCCUGGAUAUAAACGCUCAGAUAUUUGUAGAGAAACCCGAGAAGGACAUACACUCGUUCAUAGGGACUUGUAUUCGAUUGGACGAGGAGGAACGCGACUCUUUGGACAUUGAGAACACGCUGUGGAGUGGCUGCGUCGUGGCGUCAGGUCAAGCUACAGGCCUCGUUAUAUACACGGGAAGCGAAACUCGGAGUGUAAUGAACAACGCCGUGCCGCGGUCUAAGGUCGGCCGCCUGGACCUGCAGGUCAACGACCUCACCAAAGUGCUCUUCUUCGCAACGCUAUUCGUGUCGCUGCUGCUGAUCAUACUCAAGGGGUUCACGGGGCCCUGGUUCGGAUUCUUCUUUAGAUUCAUCUUACUGUUCUCCUACAUCAUUCCUAUAAGCUUAAGAGUAAAUCUUGACAUGGGCAAAGCGUUCUAUUCAUGGACAAUACAACGCGACAAAGAGAUCGAAGGUACCGUGAUGAGGUCCACGACCAUACCCGAGGAGUUGGGUCGCAUCCAGUACCUGCUGGCGGACAAGACCGGCACUCUCACCAAGAACGAGAUGGUCUUCCAGAAGCUGCACUUAGGAAAUGCUUUGUUUGACAGAGAAAGAUUUAAUGAGGUGGAAGCCCUCCUGACGCAGCACAUCACGAACGACGGCCCGUCCCUGGCGGCGUCGCCGGUGGACGCGCCCGACCCCGCCGCCCCCACCCCGCGCCAGGUGUGGCAGGCCGUGCUGGCCAUCGCGCUGUGCCACAACGUCACCCCGGUGUACGACGCGCCCGCCGGGGACGACGACGCGCAGUCCGAUAUGGCGAGUUCAGUGGUCUCGGAGAGCUGCGGGGGUGCGGUGCCGCAGCAGGAGCUGUGCGACUACCAGGCCUCGAGUCCCGACGAGGUCGCCUUGGUCAAGUGGACCGAUAUGAUGGGCGUGUCCCUGUAUAGAAGAGACUUGCACAACAUCUCUUUAAAACUGAGGGCGACCAAUGAAAUUAUACAGUUCAGCAUAUUGCAGAUAUUCCCGUUUACUAGCGAAAGCAAAAUGAUGGGGAUCAUCGUUCAGGAGGAGAACUCUGAGGAGAUACGGUACUACGUGAAGGGCGCGGACGUGGCGCUGGCGCGGCUGGUGCGCUCGGGCUGGCUGGGCGCGCAGUGCGGGCGGCUGGCGGCCGACGGGCUGCGCACGCUCGUGUUGGCGCACCGCACGCUCGCACGACAAGAGUACCUUGAGUUCGAGGCGGAGUACAAGGAGGCGCGGCUGUGCACGAGCGGGCGCGGCGAGCGCACGGCGGCCGUGCUGUGCAAGCUGCACCGCGGGCUGGAGCUGCUGGGGCUCACCGGCGUGGAGGACCGCCUCGCCGACCGCGUGCCCGCCACGCUCGGCAUGCUGCGCGCUGCCGGGAUCAAGACGUGGAUGCUGACUGGCGACAAGCUGGAGACGGCGCUGUGCAUCGCGCGCUCGCUGCAGCUGGGCGGCGGCGCGGAGUGGCGGGUGGCGCGCGACUGCAGCUCGCGCCUCCACGCGCACACGCUGCUGCUGGCGCUGGCCGACCAGCCCAACAUGGACCUCAUCAUCGAAGGAGAAACGCUCGAAGUGUGUCUGCAGUCGUACGAGGAGGAGUUCGUGAAGCUGCUGUGCGGCUGCAGCGGCGUGGUGGUCGCGCGCUGCUCGCCCACGCAGAAGGCGACGGUCGCGCGACUGCUGCGCGCCCGCGGACACGUGGUCGCCGCCGUCGGGGACGGAGGAAACGACGUCGCCAUGAUACAGGAAGCCGAUAUUGGCGUCGGUAUAGAGGGAGCGGAGGGUCGCGCGGCGUCGCUGGCCGGUGACGUCAGCGUCCGCCAGCUCUCGAACCUGGCGCGCCUGUUCCUGGUGCACGGCCGCCGCUCCGUCAUGCGCUCGGCGGCGCUCUGCCUCUUCAUAGUGCAUCGGGGACUCAUCGUUUCCACUAUGCAGGCGGUGUUCUCAGUGGUGUUCUACUUCUCGUCGGUUUCGCUGUACCCCGGCUUCCUGAUGGUCGGUUACGGUACUCUAUUCACGAUGCUGCCUGUCUUUUCAUUGGUGCUCGAUAAAGAUAUAUCCAGUUCGACGGUGCUUCGCUACCCGCAGCUCUACAAACAGCUGACGAGAGGACGCCAGCUAUCCUACAAAACGUUCUAUAUUUGGACUGGAAUAUCUAUAUAUCAAGGUGGCGUGAUCAUGUACGGAGCGCUAGUUCUGUUCGAGGACCAGCUGAUCCACAUAGUCGAGAUCAGCUACACCGCCCUGAUACUGACCGAGCUCAUCAUGGUGGCCCUCACGGUGGUCACGUGGCACUGGCUCAUGGUCGGAGCCGAGCUGGUCAGCCUCCUCAUGUACAUAAUAACCUUGCUGAUAUUCACCACGUACUUUGACGCUGAUUUCAUAAGACAUUGGGAUUUCUGGUGGAAGGUGAUCACGAUAACUCUAGUGUCGUGUCUACCAUUGUAUAUCGUCAAAUACAUGCACAGGAAAUGGAGCAACCGCCAGUACAAGAACAUUCGAACGUGAUCCUUAAGCGUAUAGGCCGUAAGAUCACAUUAAAACGAUUUGUAUUUCAUCCAAACUUGCACUCAUCGGUCGACCCGGUUUUCUCUAAUAAGUCAUUCCUGAACAGUUAAUCUUAAUAAUAUUGUAAACACGAAAGAUUGUAACGAUGUAUGGAUAUAUGUUUCUUGCUUUUACACGCAAAAACUAGUGGAUUAAUUUUGAUGAAAAUUCACAAUAAUAUAACUUACACAUCAGAAUAACACAUAAGCUAUAAUUUAUAAAUAUAUAGUUUGAAGUACCCAAAAUAUUACGAUAAGUGUCUAGUGUUGUAUAAUUUUAUAUUGCAAAUGAGAAUGUUACGAAAACUAUUCUGCGAUCGAUAAGUCGACGUUCCGAAUGAAACGACUACAACAUCUCGAGACGGUCGCUGCGGCCGGAACGUAACAUUAUACAUACUUAAUUAUACUAGUUAAUAUACGUACAUACUCGAUAUGAAUAAAUCGAUAUUAAGAAUGUUUGACAAUUCACAGAAACAUAAUACAAUUGUUAAAAAAAGGCAUCUCCUCUGAUCAUAGACCUCAACAGUUAGGGAACCAGAAUAGAGUUUUCGAUAAAUAAUAUAUAAGAUAAUAAUAUUGUCUCAAUUUAAAAUACGGUAUACAUUUAAAAUAAUAGAUUUAAUUUUCAUUAUCAAAUAAUUGACAAUUAUAUUUAGUUAAACAUUUAUAAUAAUCAGCCAGCCCACGUCCACUGCUGGGCACAGUGUGCUUAGUGCGAGUUUUUUAACGUUCUAGCUAGCGUGAAAGUUAGCUCAUAUUUGUAUGUAAUAGGAUCGUUUGCCUACGUUUUCCGCUAGGGGCACUGUUUCAACGGCAUACAAAAUUGGGUUGACUUUUACGCUAUCGAGAACGUUAAAAAGCUCGCACUAAGCACACUGACCUCCCCCAGGUCGGUCCGCCUCCAACGGAGCCCCGCGACCUCCAUCAGGUCAUCGGACACCUCGUGGGAGGCCUGCCCGCGUUGUAACUUCCGCGACAACAUUUUGAUCUUUAAAAGCUUUUUAAAACAUUAGAUAAGUUUAAUUAAUAAGGGUUACCGGUUUCACGUUCCAUAAAGUUGAUUCGGCUCAAUGACGAGUGUAAAUGUAUAUAAUUAGUGGCCUGAAGCUAAAAGUUACUGAGACCUUAGAACUUAUAUCUCAAGGUGGGUGGCGCAUUAACGUUGUAUAUGUCUAUGGGCUCCAGUAACCGCUUAACACCAGGUGGGCUGUGACCUCGUCCACCCACCUCAACAAUAAAAAAAAAAUUUCGAUUUUGUUUGAAAUGAGAUUGCACUAUCAGUUUUUUUUUUAAAAGUACGACAUUAUUUUGUGCUAAAUGGGUGUUAAUUUAAUCAUUCAAUUUUUUUUGGGUGUUAGUUUAAUUACACUAUUGUUUUUGCACCGAUGGCUCAUUGUUCUGAUGCUUAAUACUAAAGUAAUUAUUACUGACAUUGGCCUUAUUAGCACCAGAUCACAGAUAUAACGAACCCAAGAUUACUAACGAAUUUUAAACAUCACAUUAUUUCAAAGGGUAAAACGCAUAUUAUGUGAUAUUUUUUUCUUAUAAAAUACACAACAGUGUAUUUAUUCUAUUUAGUGUUUUCUUCGAUUUUCACGAGACAGUAUUUUCGUAGAAAUUAUUAAAAUUAAUUUAAUAAUAGAUUUAUUACAGAAGUUUUAAAAACUUUACGUUUUCGUAUUAUUUCGCGACAUUUGAACACAGUGCUAUCUAAUGAAAAAAAAAAAAUAUUUUUUUUAUUAAGAGGGUUUAGUUUAUCUUAGAUAUUCUAAGCCGGGGCGGUUCCGAAGUAGCUGAGCGGUGCGGGAGGGGGGACAGCUAAUAAAACAUGGAGCUAAGAGUUAUUCACUGGUGUGAUUGAUUCAAAUCAAAUCAAAAAAAUUUUAUUGUUGUAAUAAUGAAAGGGAGUAUUAUCGAUGCCGGUAUCAUCACUAAAGUAAACAUGUUCCUAGGCAAACGCCUCCCACUACAAACGGGCUAGGACCUAAAGAGGUUUUUUCCGAAACCGAAAGGUCAAUAAACUACUUAACUAAGCUUUGACAAAAUACUUUUCCUAUAAUUAACUUGGUAAUAAUCCUAUAAUUAACUUAGUAAUGUCAUGUUAAAUUUUUUUUUUUUUUUAUUGUCGUAAUAAUCUCCAGCACCUUCCUUGUUUUUGGGAACGAUUCCAAUAUACCCCAAAUAUUUUAUGUGUACAAAUCGAUAAACUGCAUGUUGUAUGGUUAGUUAAACAAAUGCGAACACAUGAACCUUGAUCGACCUGAUGGUGACGUGUCUAGUAAAAUCAUCUGAUUUUUAAACAAAUUAACUAAAAUACUUUUGAAUUAUCGCAACAUUAUCAUAUGGUUUUACCAGAUUUUUUAUAGUAUUGUAUAAUAGUAUUUCGUACUCUAGUAUGUAAACCUUAUACUGAACUGUUACUAUUUAUCACAUAAAAAGGUUUUUAAUGCACGGGUUAAAAAUAAUUAUUAAUGUUCCGCUAGAAAAAUAUUUUAGAUAUAAAAAUUGAGUGUAACUGUGAUUUCAAUUAUUAAUGAAAUUAAUAUGCAUAUGUAUUUUAUAUUAUAAUAUGUACAGAACCUAAUUAAUAGGCUUACAUUAUUAUGAUGAUAAGGGAAAUUAAAGUUUUAUGGAAACAUAAAAUGAGUUUUAGACUCAAACACAUAGUUUUCGAAAUUAAAUUUAAUUUAAUUGCGUUAAAAGAAAAAAUAUAUAUUGGACGCUUAUAUUUAUUUAAUAUUUCAUUUUACGAUUCAUAUAGUAGUAACACUGUCAGCUUUGGGAGUCUAGUGAUAUUUACUAUUCCCGCCCGAUCUGUUAUUCCCUCGAUUCUCAGGAGGAUCAAGUCAGUCCGGUUCUGAUUUAUUUGCGGCCACAAAAGGCCAUUAACGCCAGUUUUGUUUGAAACUAAACAUCAAACGCUGAAAGAUAACCUAAAAAUAAAACCUAUUUUUGACCGUAACAUAAAGAAUCAAUUAAAAUAUCAAAUAUGACCGACCACGGCCCGUAGUUAGCCAACAUUUACUAUAGUGUUUCCAAUAGUCAGUACUGUGUUUGAAGUGAAUUUCCUCCGCGGAUGCUCACAGUCGGCAGAGUGUAGUCGUAUGUGGACAUUGAUAUUGACAGGCAAUGAUUGCGUUUGUAACUGUUAAAUUGUCUACUUUGAUAAAUUUUUUUUUAUAAUAAAUUAAAAAAUAUAUCUACCAUUGUAUGUUAAAGAAAAUGUACAAAUAUUUUUCACUUGUGAUAUAUACUUAUAUAUUAUGUUUAUUUAAAUUAUAAAGUUUAAACUAAAUAUUUUAUUUUGGAAUGUUGAUUGUUUCAUGUUUAUCAUAACGUUAUCCCAUGUAAAUGUAAUGUGUUUUAUUCAAUAAAAUGUUUCGACAAAAA